AUGUCACAGUCAAGACGUUUCACUACUGUCCAGGUUCACUACAGUCCGGUUCACUACAGACGACUUGGUUUAGUGUGGUUCGGCGGCGCGUUACGACGGUUCAAUGUGGAGUACUGUCAAAGACCAGUUCGACAGGUUGACCUCCUGGUAGUUGGUAAAACUGGACACGGCAAGAGCUCAACAGCCAAUACAAUCCUCGGACGUGAAGUGUUCGAGGCAUCCUCCAGCACUACAUCCAUCACCAGUGUAAUAGCAUACGAAGUAGUGAAAUACAACAACUACGUCAUCAAGGUCAUGGACACUCCUGGACUGGCAGACACUUCCGGAAUCCAUAAACCCGCGGAAGCAACAUUGCUGAUUAUGGAACAGAUGAAAAACGCGGUAAUAUUAAACCCAGUUGGAUAUCACGCCUUCGUUCUGGUCUUCAAAUAUGGCACGAGGUUUACGGAAGAAGAAUUUGAAUGCGUCAAGAUGCUCAAACAAAUUUUCGGAGAAAGCUUCGUUCGUGAGUUCUGCAUUAUAAUAAUGACCGCGGGAGAUGUUUUUCGCAAAGAAUGUAAGGAAAAGGGUAAGAGUUUCAAACAGUGGCGCAACGAACAGACUGGUUCCUUUCAAGAGCUUAGAAAUGAAUGUAAAGACCGAAUUGUUUUGUUUGAUAAUUUUACUGAGGACUCAAAAAUACAAAACAAGCAAAUGGCCAAAUUGUUGAAAUGCGUUGAAACAUUAAAAUCGAAAGGACAGAGAUACACAGAUAAACAUUUUCAACGCGCAAGAGAAAGUCGCGAUCGUCUGCGUCUUGAGACAAAAAUAGGACUAAUUGAUAUUGAAAUGGGUGACGUCAGUCUAAUCCUUCAAGAGUGUGAGAAUAUUACUAAAUAUGAAAUUGAUGAUCGUAAAGAGAAGUUCAAUCACAUACUAACAGAUUGCGGUAAUUUAAUUCAGCGAUUCUCGAAAGGCAAGAAUGAAUCCGCCGUUGAAAAAGAUUUCCUUCAAUUUCUCUCAGAUUUAAAGAAGUCCGUUGUUUCAUUUUCUCUGAAUGUUGCAGACGUCCUAGACAAAAUAAAAGACAAUGACAGAAAACUAAGACUGGAAUCCAAACGACUUGCCGACAUCCUGAACGCCUUUGCAGAAGAAGAAAAUGUCAACAGACAUUUGCCAUCUACUAAAUUAAAGUCUACUUUCCAGGCGAACGCUGAAAAGGGAAACAACCUCAUGUGGCAGGAACUGCCAGGGGCAACUCAGUUUCAAAAUGUGAAGCCUAAAACAAAAUCCCUAAAAGAUCAAAUAGUUCAAGAAUUUCAAGCUGAAAUAGAAAUAAAAAAGCUGGUACUAACCGAUGCACAGUUUAAAAAGCUUAUUUCAACCGUCGAUAGCGAUUUCCACAGAGCCUUGUGUAAACAUAAGCAAACCUAUAAGUCGACAAAGACUAAGUUUGACAACAUUAUACAGACCAAGUGCAUAUGUAGAAUCUUUUAACGUAAGAGAAAUAAGAUGAACAAAAAAUUUGACCCGAUGAAUUGAGUUGAUAUAAGCUUUGUAAAGACAUUUCACACAUUCAUAUGUUUUCCAGCCAGACGCUAGCUUCUAUCAAUACAGUAAAUUUGUGAGAUCUCAAGUCACGGUCUGAGAAAAAAACCAAAGCAAACUAUAGUGACCGAAUUCCAGAUUGAAGUUCACUGCAGAAACUCAUGCUAUGGGAUUUACACGAAGGUCUACUACAACUUUCGCCCAACUUUACCCGAAACCAUGCACAUAAAGUUGACACCCUUUUCAAUCACAUUUUUCCCAGACUCCAAAACAAGUAAAUUAUCUCGUAGGAUGACGAUACCCUUUCUUCUUUUGUGUACCCUCUGGCCUGAGCAAGUCGGGGAAUAUUCUAAGUAUAUCUUCGUAGAACUAAGCAAUGUAUUGAUGCAGCUUGAAAUUUAAUGCCUGGUCGUGCGGUUUGCACGCUGGACUGUCGUUCAGAUUUAUCGAUGGUCCCAGGUUCAAACCCUGCCCGCUCCCAUCCCCCGUUGUCCUGCGGGAGGUUUGGACUAGGAAGUAAUUAUCUUCAACUCUGAAGGAACAUCCGAAACAUGUCAAACAUUUUACAAAACAAUGAUCAGAAUGUUUUGAUGUUCUUGGUCCGGAACAAAACUUUUCUUAGCUCUACCGUUACUAGAUCUAGAUCUAAAUAAGUAGGAUUAGCAGCUUUGUGUUAAUACCACAGACCUAUAUAUAUAUAUAUAUUAUACAUAGACAGGAAUAUGGAAACAAAUUCUUAUCUGAUAAUGAUCAGAUCACAGACCUACAUAUGUAGAUUUUUUAUGUACGUAACUCUUUCUCAAGCUGAAAGGGAAGUCGCCCCGAAUCUAGGGAAAUCGUAUCUUAUAAAAUACAGACGUUACUUCAAAAAAGAAGAUGCUUACGUCCUACACGUCAUGAAUCUAGUCAUGCAUGUUAACCAAUGACUUAAAUUCUGCCAAGUCAUUGUUUUUUUCUGGCUGGCUCAGGCAACCCAUUCCAUGCUCUAAUAACACUAGGGAAGAAGGCGCAAAUGUACAAAUUGUCCUAGCAUAUGGAAAUCGAUCUUUUCUGUCUUAGAAAAGUAAUGACCUUUAGUUUUAAAGCUUAGAAAUAAUGUACUACCAUUUUCUUGGAUUUUCUUUAGAAUGGGCUAAUAAUUACAGAACUAGGCCUAUAUAUUCACGCAAAUCUAUGAAACAAAGCCAUUUCCUAUUAGUUUCCAUUGAGAUAAUGUUUCGAAAAUCCUAGAUCUUAAUAGUUAAAGUCUGUUGAUUUUAAUCAUCUUAAGUAGGCUUAUAUUUAAAUAUAUUGGUUACCUAAAUAUUUCU